AUGACGUCCUUACACAACCCGGUCAGUGACAACCCCGGUUACUACCCUGAACAAGCCCCAACGUAUUACACAACACACAACACGGUACCCAACCAACAUAAACCCGUAAAUCAUGACAUUGAAUCGAGCAGAUCCCCCACAUCCUCUCACUCCACUCCUUUCUACGACACAAAUCCCCAGAACCUUCCUGAGAACUCCCCACUUCCAAGACCCCAUCAACAUUUCUUCCAAGAACUGGUUCAGAACGAGGAGGAACCUGUGACGAAUGACCAACCUGCUGAGCAGCCGUUCUACGUCAAUGCCAAGCAGUACCACAGGAUAUUGAAGAGAAGAAUAGCAAGAGCCAAGUUGGAGGAAAACUUAAAAAUAGCCAGAACAAGAAAGCCUUACCUCCAUGAGUCUAGGCACAAGCAUGCCAUGAGAAGACCAAGAGGCCAAGGUGGAAGAUUCUUGACUGCCGCAGAGAUUGCAGAAAAGGAGAGAUUGGAAAAAUUAAAAGAGUUGGAAGAUAAGGAUAGAGUGCCCGAAUCAGAGGAAAAACCUCUGAAGGAAGAAACAGAGCCUGCUAAGGAACAAGUAGAUGAAUCCAUUUUUCUGGAUUUAAUAGCUUAA